AUGGCGGACCGAGCAGCCGUCGAUGUGGAGGCGGCACCACGCAUUCAAAUCGCGAAGAAGUCGAUGUGGCAGUCCAUCUUUGCAAAUCCAAAGGUGCUUUUCAUUGCCUUUUUUGCUUCCUUUGGUGGUUUCGAAUAUGGCUACCAACAAGGUGUGCUGGGCCAAUCCCUGGUCAUGACUCGGUUUACCGAGAACUUCCCCACUGUCGUCGCAUCGUCUACCGCCACUGGAUGGUUGACCUCCGUCCUCCAAUUGGGAGGUAUUGUGGGUUCACUGUCGGCCGGUAUUCUCGGCGAGAUCUACUCCCGCAAGUACACCAUGUUCUUCGCUUGCUGCUGGGUCAUCCUCGGCAGUUACCUCUAUGUCGGUGCCACAGCCGGAAAUCCCUCGCUGCUCUAUGCCGGUCGAUUCUUCACCGGUCUAGGUGUCGGCUUGUUCAGCGGUGUCGGUCCCUUGUACAAUGCGGAGCUUGCGGCGCCUGAGAUGCGCGGCCUGCUCGUUUCGUUCUACCAGUUCGCCACCAUUCUCGGUAUCAUGAUUUCUUUCUGGGUUGGAUAUGGCAGCAACAACAUUGGUGGAACCGGGGAGACUCAGUCAGAUAUGGCGUGGCGUCUGCCUUCCAUCAUCCAGGGUAUUCCCGCAGUCUUCCUGGCUUGCGGUAUCUGGUUCAUGCCCUUUUCGCCUCGCUGGUUGGUCAAGCAGGGCCGCGAUGAGGAGGCCCAGGCCACGCUUGCCUGGAUGCGGAAGGUCCCCGUCGAGCAUGAACUGGUCCAGGUCGAGUAUCUGGAGAUCAAGGCCGAGGCGGUAUUCGAACAGCGGGCCUUUGCCAAGUCUUCGCCUAAGCUGGCGGAGCGCGAGCGCCAGAGCAUCUUCAUGAACCAGAUUGCGCAGUAUGCCAACUGUGUUCGCUCGAUGGACAAUCUCAAGCGGGUUGCCACUGCCUGGUUGGUAAUGUUCUUCCAGCAGUGGAGUGGUAUUGACGCGAUCAUCUAUUAUGCCUCCAACGUCUUCCAGAGCCUGGGUUUGACCGGUGGUACCAUUGCUCUCCUGGCUACCGGUGUGACUGGCGUCGUGUUCAUCAUCAGCACCGUCCCCGGAAUGCUGGUCAUUGACAAAAUCGGUCGCAAGCCCAUGCUGCUCGGCGGCUCAGUGGUGAUGUUCUGCAGUAUGGUGAUUGUUGGUGUCAUCGUGGCCAAAUUCCAGCACGACUGGCCCGGCCAUGUUGCAGCUGGUUGGACUGCUGUUGCCCUGAUUUGGCUAUAUAUUGCCAGCUUCGGCGCCACCUGGGGCCCCGUCUCCUGGACCCUCGUGUCCGAAAUCUUCCCUCUGUCGAUUCGCGCCAAGGGAGCUUCGAUCGGUGCCUCCAGCAACUGGAUCAACAACUUCGCCAUUGCGUUCUUCGUCCCGCCGAUGCUUCAGGCCUGGGAGUGGGGCACAUAUAUUUUCUUUGCCGCGUUCCUUCUGGUCGGCAUAUUCUGGGUCUGGUACUUCCUGCCCGAGACCAAGAAUGCGACCCUGGAGGAGAUGGACCGGGUCUUCAAGAGCCACACUGGCGAACGCGAUGCGGAACUUCUCCGGGAUGCCCAGCGCGACGUUGGCCUGACGGACUUCAUUGAGCGGAUGGGGAUUGCUACCGGGCGAGAUUUGGAGAAGAAGGAGGGCAGCCAGUACAUCGAGAGUCUGUAG